GUAAUGAAGGUACAAAGUUAUCUGCAAAUUUUCUUAUAUCUUGUUUUGAUUAUGUUCUACAGUGUGAUAUCCACUGGUCUCUUUGUACUUUUUAAUAAGGAACCAGGGGAGCAAAAGUGGGAGUAUUUAGUGAAGUACAAAGGUCUUGCUCAUGCUCAUAACUUCUGGAUUAAAGAAGAGCAGCUGCGUCUUGAGGAUCAAGCAGCCUUUACAAGAUUCAAAAAUAAUCACAUGAGUAAAAGUUGGAAAACUGAAUGGAGUCUUCCUCAUCGUUUGCUGGACAAGAGGAUAUUAGCGGCUACAGAUCACAGCAACACUGAUGCAGAUUGCCAUUAUGAGUGGCUCAUGAAAUAGACAGAUCUUGACUACAGUCAUGCCACAUGAGAAUUGGAGAAUGCUUCAUUUCUAUAACUCAUGACUGAUUAUGAAAUCCGUCAUCAGAAGGCUAAGAAAGAGUUCCAUCCUUUGA